ACCGAAUAAUUGCACUGUCACUAGAAUCUCUGCAAAAUUACACUGUAGUCUUUGGUUGAAUAUGAAUGCAUGUGAUUCCAAGUCAAGCUGAGCUGCAUAUUUUACAUCAAACUUUAAUUCAAACAAGCGUGUCAUUUGUGGGGGCAAAGAUGAUGACAGGUCAUUUCAGUGCAAUUAGGUAGCAGAGCAGACAGAGAGAUUCAUUACAUUUUCUCUUCUUUUCUUCUUCCUGCAAUGCCAAUUAAGGAUCUUCUUGGACGAGGUUUUUGAAUAGAACUUCGAUAGGCAAGGCGAGAGGUGUGAUUGUGAAGCGAUCUCGUACUUAAAAAUGAACAAGGAUAAUCAAUUUGAACAUCGUUUUUCUGUAAGCCCUUUAAUGAGCAGUUCAUUUGAAAACACUACUCCAGAAAGGGAUUCUUCAUUGUCUGAUCAGUCCCUCCAAAGUCCUUCCUAUUCUGAGGACUCUAAUCACUUUAGAUCAAAUAAGGAGGAAGAGACUGCGAAAGUGAGAAAUCACAAGAAGAAGUUAGAAAGGAAGGCCAAUAGCUUUGCCUACAGAAUUCGCGAGCACGUGAGGCUGGGGCCUAAAUUUUCUGAAACAGUGAAGGGGAAGUUGAGUGUUGGGGCCAAAAUAAUCAAGAAAGGUGGUAGAGAAAACAUUUUCAAGGACAUUUUUGGUGUCAUGAAUGGAGAGAAGCUAUUGAAGGCAUCUCAGUGCUAUUUAUCAACCUCAGCCGGGCCAAUUGCUGGGAUUCUGUUUAUCUCUACAGAAAAGGUUGCAUUCUGCAGUGAAAGAUCCAUUACUGUCCAAUCCUGUUCUGGAGCCCUUAUCAGAACUCUUUACAAGGUUUCUAUUCCUGUGAAGAAGAUAAAAGGAGCUAAACAAAGUGAGAAUGCGAACAAUCCAACACAGAAGUACAUAGAAAUAGUGACUGAAGACAAUUUUGAAUUUUGGUUUAUGGGAUUUGUACGGUAUGAGAAAGCCUUUUUGAAUCUCCAAAAGGCCAUUUCGUUAUGCAAAUAGAUUAGUCACACAACGGAUUUGAACUUUGAAGAAAGCAAAAUGGAAAUCUCCUCUUAUUCACCGUCGUUUGAAUUUGAAAGACGAAAAGUUUGAGAACUUUGUACAAAAAAUUUCUAUUAAGUCCAGUAGAAUCAAUACAGUAGUUUACGCAAAUUUGUGUUUAAAAAUUUACAUCAAUCGUGUGUUAUUUGUUUUAGUACAAUAUGUUCGAGGAAGU